AUGGGACACUCAAUGCCCCUUGAGGGCCGAAGUCUUGCUAUCUUCAUCGUCUCAAUUGUGAUGAUGUCUAUAUCCAUUAUCACCGUUUCACUACGAAGUUUCGUGCGACUGAAUAUCCUCCGAGCAUUCGGCUGGGAUGAUGCUUUGAUGGUUGCUGCGUUGAUCCUUUUUAUAAUUUUGAAUGCUUGCUGCAUAGUUGGAUCAUCGAAUGGGGUCGGACACCCCCGUGCAGAAUUUAUAAGUACGGAGAUCUAUCAGAGAGCACUUAUUUGGUGGUGGCUGGGCCAAAUGCUCUACAUAUGGGCUUCGGUAGUUGCCAAAAUAUCAAUUGCCCUUGCGCUUCUCCGGUUGGCCGUCAAAAAAUCUUACAGACUGAUACUUUGGAGCAUUAUUGCUACCGUCAUUACUAUCGGGCUUAUGUUCUGGUUUGUGCUGCUCUUCACCUGUAAUCCGAUCUCCCACUUCUGGCGACAAGUGGAUGGAACCAGCACCGGGACAUGUCUGCACAUGUCCACAAUUGUGAAUAUCGCAUAUUUUUACAGCUCUGUGACUAUUCUAUGUGAUAUUGCACUUGGCCUGUUACCCGCUUUCCUCAUCUGGAAGCUGCAAAUGAAUAGCCGGACGAAGUUUGCAGUAGGAGGAAUCCUCGGGCUAGGAGCAAUCGCGAGCGUGGCAGUGAUAUGCAGAAUUCCAUUUUUACGAUUUUAUGCCGAUGAGAAUUUCCUUUACACCACUUACCAAAUCGCCAUCUGGUCUAUCAUAGAGACAGGCCUUGGAAUUAUAGCAGGCAGUCUUGUCACCCUUCGACCUUUAUUCCGCUGGCUCCUGGAUGAAAAUUCGACUCUUAAUCAUAAGUCAUCCCGGGAAGGAAAGUAUUGCGGGCCAUACCGACUGUCCAGCUUGAAAAGCGAGCCCACGAAAGGAUCGCAGAACACAAAAUACUGGCGUCCUGAUGUCGACCCCGAUGACAACAAGACAGUCAUUGUCGUCUCGUCACAGCGGAAAAAUAAACUCAGUAUUAGUAACAGCAGUCAGGAAGCCCUGAACCCUGAGCCGGGAAUCUCGCCAAAUCAUGUCACGAUAGAAAAGACCUUCAUUCAAACGGUGACGGAAGGGAAAAAAUAG